AAGAUAGCUGCGAAGCAAGCAAAGCAGCUAACGAUGGCGCUGCUCCACAUCUCCUUACAUCCUCCGUCUCCUCUAUCUUUCCAACGUUCCUCGACAACCAUCCCCGCCCUCAUUUUCUCUCGCCAUUCCUCAGCAAAAUUGCAUCAAAGAGGUAUUAAACUAGCCGCUGCCGCCCUUCCCUCUGAAUCUGCAAUCGCCGACUUCUGGCGAUGGCUCCGCGAGCGUGGCACACUUACACAGCCUCCGCCGCCAGUGAGGCCUGCGGUCGUGCCGGAAGGACUAGGGCUUGUGGCUGAGCGUGAUAUGUUGCGGAACGAAGUGGUCGUGGAGGUUCCCAAGAAGCUCUGGAUUAAUACCAACACCGUCGCCGCUUCUGAGAUCGGUCCUGUGACCCUUGGGUUAAAACCAUGGGUCGCCAUCGCGCUUUUCCUUCUAAGGGAGAAGGCCAUGGGCGCUGCAUCCUUGUGGCGACCCUACCUCGAUAUUCUCCCGCCGGAGACUGAUUCUCCUAUUUUCUGUGCAGGUCCGAGGAGGAGUUAUCCCAGAUGCGAGGUCAGUGCCAGUAGCUUGUUGAUAAAUGGGGUAAAGACGAGCACAAUGGUUUGGCUUUUCAAGUGGAAUAAAGAUACUAGUGGAACUCAACUAUUGAACACAACAUUUGGUGUAAAAGAAUACGUUCAAAAUGAAUUCACCAAAGUAGAAGACGAAGUUAUACUUCCUAACAAGCAUCUUUUCCAGAAGACAAUUAAUUCUUCUGAUUUUCUAUGGGCCUUCGGAAUACUGAGAUCAAGGGCAUUUUCAGGCCUUCGUGGUGAUAAGCUUGUUCUAAUUCCAUUAGCUGAUCUUAUUAACCAUAAUUCGAGCAUUACUUCUGAAGACACUUGUUGGGAGAUCAAAGGCAAGGGAUUAUUUUCCCGUGAACUUAUAUUUUCAUUGCGUACCCCUGCAUCUGUUAAUACUGGUGAACAGAUUUACAUACAGUAUGAUCUACAGAAGAGCAAUGCGGAGCUGGCCCUUGACUAUGGCUUCAUAGAAUCAAACAACAAAAGUCGGGAGCUUUAUACCAUGACACUAGAGAUUUCUGAAUCGGAUCCAUUUUAUGGAGACAAACUGGAUAUUGCAGAAUCAAAUGGCUUAGGGGAAACUGCAUAUUUUGAUAUUGUGCUUGACCGUCCCCUUCCACCAUUGAUGCUCCCAUAUCUGCGGCUGGUGGCUCUUGGGGGAACAGAUGCCUUCCUCUUGGAGUCUCUUUUCAGAAACACAGUUUGGGGUCAUCUGGAGUUACCUGUAAGCCGUGCCAAUGAGGAGAUGAUUUGCCGGGUGAUUCAAGAUUCUUGCACUUCUGCACUCUCCUAUUAUCAAACAACAGUUGAAGAGGAUGAAAAGCUAAUGGAAAGGGGAGGACUGGAUCCAAGGUCAGAGAUUGCUAUUGGCAUACGAUCAGGGGAGAAGAAGGUGCUCCUGCAAAUUGAGCAAGUUUUUGGUGCACGAGAAUCGGAACUGGAUACUCUCGAAUACUAUCAGGAGAGGAGACUUAAGGAUUUGGGCUUGUCUGGAGAGCAAGGAGAAAUCAUCUUUUGGGAAUCCAAAUGACCUGCACAGUUUUACUCCAAAAUUAGACCAAGGUACAUAUUACUACGCUUAAAUGAGAAGCUUAUGUAUAUAUAAUAUGUUUGAAUGUAGAAAAAAAUUUACUUGAAUUUUUUUUUGCUGGCAGUGGCAACAUAAUUUCAGUGUUUUUAUUACA